AUGUUCUUGACUAUGAUGGACUUGGGAAGGCUCCCUCAUCAUCAGAUCAUGAUAGUGGACAUAGCUCUUGAGGCGGAUGCAGAGAUAAGAAUUGCGAUUCUUACCUUCACUCUCACAACGGUUAUUUAUUCAACUGCACCCGUGGAGAUAUCCUGCUACGGGCUCAAUAAGGCCGUAGAUUCGCUCUUCGCAGUGGCCGUAUCGUCGACCUCUCUGCUCUUCCUCAUCAGAGUCCUUGCCAUCUUCCACCGGAAUAAGAUUGUCAAGGCCUUUUUCUGCGCAAUGUGGCUGGCCGUCAUCGCAGGAGUAUUGACGCCCGUAUUUGGCCUCACUGGUGACAACAUCGGACCGACGAAAUACUGCAUGAACGUCUCGAUCGAGUCGUACGUCGGAGCGGGUGCGGUCAUCCCCCUCGUCAACGAUACGCUCAUCUUUCUCGCCAUCUCGUGGAAAUUGAUGAGGAAUACGUACACCACGAAUGCUCUAAGAUGGGAUGUCAAGGUGUUCUUCCGCGGCGACUACUUGCCCGCCUUUUCACGAGGGCUCUUGCAAGACGGUCAGGCCUACUACCUGACCACGGUAACAACCAAUCUUCUGACUGUCGUGGUCUUCUACUUCCACUUUGUCCCAGUCGUCUAUCGCGCGAUGUUCGCGGUACCGAACGCCGUCCUUAUGAACAUCAUGGCAUGCCGCGUCUACCGACGAACCAAGAAUGCCCGCUACCAAAACUCGAAGAACAGCAGCAUAAACCUAGGAUCCGCCUUGAAGACAAGCGACAGCCUCAUCCCACUCUCGUUUACCUCCAAGCGGAAUGCCCACUCAACUAGCGGUCCAGUAGGAGUUAUUGAAGUUCUUAAAACCGUCGAGCAGCAUGAUGACCGAUCCGAGGACCAUAAGGCAAAGCGGUUUGUCAAUGGGAAUGACAAUUCGACGAUUGUUUAA